AUGAGGCGUGGUAGGAGUGCUGGUAGAGGCGCUAGUAGAGGUGUAGGUAGGAAUGUGAGUGGUGAAGCUACUCCCGAAGGGGUAGCUAACGUCCCCAUAGGACGAGAAGAUCAUUCCCAAACUGGAACGAACUCUCAAGUUGACACUCGAGAUGUUCGUGAACUUGCUGCGGCUGUGCUAGUUCAAACACAACAAAAUGCUCAAAUCCUGCAAAUCACUCGUGAUCAUCAACUUUUUCAGCAACAACAAAGAGAAACUGUGCAUGAAGAUACGGGAUUGAACUCGUUUCUGAAAGGUAAACCACCACAGUUUGGUGGUGAGUUUAAUCCGGAGGGUGCUGAGAAAUGGUUGCAAGAGAUAGAGAAGAUAUUCUCUUUCACUCACUGUAGAGAGAAUAGAAGAGUCGGUUAUGCAACAUUCAUGCUGACAGGUGACGUUGAGGCCUGGUGGAGAGGAAAACAUAGAUUAUUGGAAGAGGAAGGAAGAGAGAUCAAUUGGAUCUUGUUCAAAGAAGAAUUUUUGGGGAAGUAUUUUCCAAAGCUAUGUAGGAAAGAGAAGGAGACAGAAUUCCAGAACCUACGUCAAGGUAUGAUGACGGUGGAAGAGUAUACUAGGAAGUUUGAAUCCUUGCUAAAGUAUUCUGAAUUUUACCGCUUGCAUCCAAGGGAAGAAUGGAUGUGUGAAAAGUAUCAAGAUGGAUUGAAAUAUGAUAUCCAGAGGGCGGUUCUACCUCUUCAUAUUAUGCGCUUUGGUGAGCUGAUAGAAAGAUGUUUGGAGUUGGAAGGAAUUGACAAUAGGAAGAAUCAAUAUGGAUCAGGAGUACCAACCCAAAACAACAAUCACAAGGGCCAUUUUAACCGAGGCCAUGGAGGAAGGACCCAACAAGGGGGUAGGCCAUAUCAAAGGCCUACACCAUAUCAUAACCAGGAUUCUAGGAGGUUAAUGUUCAAGUGUUACAGCUGUGGAGGGGAACAUCUUAACAAAGAUUGUCCAAAUAGAAAUAUUGGAGCUUGUUUUCGUUGUGGACAGAAGGGCCAUUUUCUCAAAGAUUGUCCCCAAGGACAAAACCAACCAACCAGCCAGAAGAGCGUCCUAAUAAACAAUAACAAUGUAGGGAGAGCAAGGAACGAAGGCCCAAAUGUUGGUCAAGGACCUCAGAAUCAGAACAAGCCAACUACAAGAAGAGUAUUUGCAAUUAGAGGAGCUGAGAUCUCAAAGUCAGAUGGGUUAAUCCAAGAAAAUAGAAGAUUCUUAGUAGAUCUUAUAGUACUCCCGCUAAAAGACCUAGAUGUCAUCUUAGGAAUGGAUUGGUUAUCAGCCAACGAUGUAAACUUGGGGUGCAAGAAGAAAAUUUUAACGUUUGGAGAAGAUAGUGGAGAAGUCAUAAAGGUGGAAACUCUCACCCAAAAAUUUAUGAUGUUAUUCUCUAUGUCAGAAGGAGAAACCCCUAGUGUUGAAAAACUUCCAGUGGUCUGUGAAUUCCCAGAAGUUUUUCCAGAAGAGGUUCCAGGUUUACCAGCGGUUAGGGAAGUGGAGUUUUCUAUAGAUUUGGUUCCAGGCACUGGACCAAUUUCUAUAUCUCCUUAUCGAAUGUAA